UCGGCAGAAAAAAAUUUGUAAUCUACAGUUCAAAGUUCAAAGUGUACAUCGUUACAUGUGAAUACUAUACACGAGGCUGCACUGAAGAGCAGGAUCGUUGCACGCUGCACAGAGAAAUGAUUGCCACGAGCAGCUCGGCGAAGGCGGCGGCGGCCGCCGGGGCGGUGGGCAGCAAGGGGGCGCGGGCGUGCGACGGGUGCUUGCGCCGGCGGGCGAGGUGGUACUGCGCGGCGGACGACGCGUUCCUGUGCCAGGGCUGCGACACGUCGGUGCACUCCGCGAAUCCGCUCGCGCGGCGGCACGAGCGGCUGCGUCUGCGACCGUCGUCUCCGCUGCAGUCGCCUCCCGCGGGGGCGCCGAUGCGCGAGCGUCACGACGAGGUCGUGCCGGCGUGGUUCAGGCGCAAGGCGCGCACCCCGCGCGGUGGGCACACCAAGAGCGUCGGGCAGGUGCUGUCGCGGCGGCUCGUCGUGCCGGAGGCGGCCGGCAGGGACUCGCCGGAGGGGCGGAACAGCGAGGGGGAGGUGGAGGAGGAGCAGCUGCUCUACCGCGUGCCGAUUUUAGACCCAGCCCUCGCUGAGUUCUGUUCACCGCCGCCUCUCGAGGACGCGGUAGCUGCCGCAUCGUGCUGCAACGAGGACGGCUCCGUCGAGGAUGCGAUGAAGCCGGAUGCAGUGCCACCGCCGCAGCCGGCGGCGCAGUUCUUCCACGACGGCGUUGCCAACUUCGGGCCGACAGACGCCGAGCUCAGGGAGUUCGCCGCCGACAUGGAAGCCCUCCUCGGCCGCGGCCUGGACGACGGCAACGACGAGGACUCGUUCUACAUGGAGACGCUGGGACUCCUCGACCCGGUGGAAGACGACGAUGGGCGAAUCAAGGUGGAGAAGGACACCGGAAGUGCCUGCGAAGCCAGCGGCGCGCUGGCAUGCGCCGGCCUCGAGCUGGAGCCAGAGGCGUCCGACGAGAUGAUGGGCAUCGAUUUCGACUACGGGUCGCCUCAGGAGACACCGAACGAGAAGGCCGCGAGCAGUGGCACCGGCGCCGAUGCCCAGUUCUUGCAGAGGAGCCUCUCGCUCACCCUCAACUACGAGGCGAUCAUCCAGAGCUGGGGGAGCUCGCCGUGGACCAGGGGCGGCGAGCGGCCGCACGUCAAGCUCGACGACUGCUGGCCCAACGACUACACGGGCAUGUGGGUGGUGGGAGGAGUGGUCGGUCAUGGCGGGGAGGAGCUGGGCAUGCCGAGGCUGGGGAUCGACGGGGGCCGGGAGGCACGGGUGUCACGGUACCGGGAGAAGCGGCGGACGCGGCUCUUCUCCAAGAAGAUCCGGUACGAGGUGCGCAAGCUCAACGCCGAGAAGCGGCCGCGGAUGAAGGGCCGCUUCGUCAAGCGCGCCACCGCGGGAGGCAGCGUCGCCGUCGCCGGCCUCGCGUAGCUGACACCCGUACGGUGCACCGCGUGGCUGCACACUGCAUGCAGGUGCAGCCGCCGCCGGCCGGCCGUCACGCCGCUCGUCCGUCGUCAUGAAAUGAUGACAAGAACAAACAACUCGUCGAAGCUGCUUUUAGUUCAUUCAACUUAAAUCAAAUUUUGUGCAUUUUUCUUCACCGAUCAUGCAUUUUGCCACUGAUGGUUAGCUGUGCCUUCGAUCGGCACUUGCUUGUGACCAUGGUCGAAUAAUAAUACUUGCUGAGUGAAUUGUAACGCUUUGUUGGACAGUUCCGAAUUUAUUUUUGCCCUCUGUUUUAGAGGGUUGGUCA